CGCAAUUCAUCACAGCUGACCUCUCCUUCAUUUUUCAGCUUAUAUAAAACAAAUGCCGAAAAACAAAUUAGGAGAAGUGUAAAAAAGAAGAAGUGCCCAACAUUGUAAGAAACAGCUUGUCCUUCAACUAAGAAAACCAAACCCAUAAUCUUCUCCUUCAAUCAAAAGCCAAGAAAAGCCUACCAUCUUCAUCAUCAUCCCUUGAAAUCAUUUCUCUUUGUUUCUGAAAGAAAACUCCCUGCUAUAAUACUUCAUGGCAAUAAUUCCUCCUCAAGUUUUCCCGCCAAGAAAACGGAGGCCAUCAGCCGGAGCAUUUAUUCCACCAAAAUUUUCUGACCAGAGGCUUCUCCAAUCUCUCUUUCUACUCUCCCAAGAAAUAUCUUCUCUCAAACCUCUUCAGUUUCUUCUGAAACGUAACUCUUUGUCCAUCAUACGUAAAGCGAAGAUCCUCGCAAUCUUAUUCGAGGAACUUUUGAAAAAACCAAUUAUAGUUUUAUCUCCAACUCUCUUAUGCUUCGAAGAAAUGUACUUAGUUCUUCAAAGAAUCAAGACCUUGCUUGAAGACUGCGUGAAUGGAAGCAAGAUGUGGCUAUUGAUGCAAAGCGAGUCGGUUGCUAAUAAUUUCCAUGAGCUGACGGUAGAAUUAGCAACACUUUUGGAUAUUUUUUCUGUCAAGGAAGUCGAGGUUAGCGAAGACGUUGAAGAAUUGUUUUUGCUGUUAAGGAAACAAUGCUCCCAGGCAAAAGUCUUUGUCGAUAAAAGAGAUUCCAGUUUGCGGCUCGACGUGUUAACAAUGCUUGAUCGGAUUCAGAAGGAGAUUGUCCCUGAUAACUCAAAGCUGGCAGAGAUUUUUGAUUUCCUGGGGUUACCCAAUUCUUUAUCUUGCAAAGAAGAAAUUGAGAAUCUUGAAGAUGAAGUUCAAAACCAAAAAGAUGAGAAAGUGAAGUCCGACAUGAUUGCUUUGAUAGGACUCGUUCGGUACGCGAAAUGCGUGCUGUUCGAGCCAUUGACACCAGGGUCUGAUAGCAAGACGAAAAAACUAGCAUCGGAUGCGAACAUCCCGGCAGAUUUCCGGUGUCCGAUAAGCCUGGAUUUAAUGCGGGACCCAGUUGUGAUGGCCACAGGUCAGACGUACGAUCGAGAGAGUAUUGCUCUCUGGAUUGAAUCAGGGCACAACACGUGUCCGAAGACAGGUCAGGCCCUGGUCCACACCAGCUUGAUACCCAACCAAGCUUUGAAGAAUUUGAUAGCCAUGUGGUGCCGAGAGCUGAAAAUACCGUUUGAAACGGCGGGAGAUAAUAACAGAACUAACGGCGUUAUAAAAAACAAGGCAGCGCUUGUGGCUACUAAGAUGACGGCGUCGUUUUUGGUGAACAAAAUGUCGGCCUCGCAGUCACUGGAAGCGGUUAACGGAGUUAUUUAUGAGCUUCGUACACUUGCAAAGAGUAAUUCGGAUUCCCGAGCCUGCAUCGCUGAGGCUGGGGCCAUCCCAGUGCUCGCGAGAUAUUUAGGUUCGGAUGUAGGUGUGGGGUCUCUGAACUUACAAGUUAACGCCGUUACAGCUAUGUUAAAUCUUUCCAUUCUUGAAGCGAACAAAACAAGGAUCAUGGAAAACGGCAAGGCUUUGAACGGCGUUAUCGAGGUGUUACGCACGGGUGCCACGUGGGAGGCGAAGGGGAAUGCAGCUGCAACUAUAUUCAGCCUAUCUUGUGUGCACUCCCAUAGGAAACUGCUCGGGAGGAAGACACGUGUCAUUAAGGGGUUGAUGGAUUUAGCCAAAAGCGGGCCCCCGGGUCCCAAGAGGGAUGCAUUGGUGGCAAUUUUGAAUUUGGCGGGGGAUAGAGAGGCAGCUCGGAGGUUAGUUGAGGAAGGAGUGGUUGAUGUGGUUAAAGAAAUGAUCAAUGUGCUGCCGGUAGAAGCCGCGGCGAUACUCGAAAUGGUGGUAAAGAGAGGAGGGAUAAUGGCGGUUGCAGCCGCGCAUAACACGAUAAAGAAGUUGGGCACAUUGAUGAGGGAAGGAUCGGAGACAGCUCGCGAAAGCGCGGUGGCAACACUCGUCACCAUCUGUCGAAAAGGGGGAGCAGAGAUGGUGGCAGAGCUUGCAACGAUAACUGGAAUCGAAAGGAUUAUAUGGGAAUUGAUGGGAUCAGGGACAGUGAGAGCAAGAAGAAAGGCCUCUAGUUUGUUUAGGACUGUUAAAAGAUGGGCAGCUGGUUUGGAUGGUGAUUUUUUGGAGGGUCAUAGUACGGUUGCAACUUCGAAUAGUUCCUCAUCAAGAGUGGUCAUAUCAGUUUAACACAUCUCUGUUUGUUAUUUGUUUAUAAAUUGUAAGUAAAUCUUAGACAUUUGUAGAUUUUUGCUUACAAGAUUCAUUGAGAAUUUCAUGUUCUUUAA